GGCAGAUCUGUACGUCCUCACUGCUCAUCAUACCUACCCCCAAAGCAUCUGAAUCCCAAAACAUACAUGCAAUAAAAACACCACAUAAACUCUUUACAUAAGUGCGUAGAGGAAGAGUUUGAUUCAUCGAAAUGACUUCCUUCUUCAAUCCCUUCUCUCUUCCCAUCUUGUUCCUUUCCAUUCUUACCUUCCUCAGCCUUACCGCUCAUGCUGCUGACCCUGUUCAUCUCAACACCGUAUGUGAAAACACCACUUUCAGCGCCGAUAAUAGCAUCUACCAAUCCAAUCUAAACUCCCUCCUUUCUUCUUUCUCCUCCAACGCCAAUGUUGAUUUCUACGCCACCACUAAGGGCGGAAACACCUCCGACCCUGUCUAUGGCCUCUCGAACUGUCGCGGUGAUGUCACCCGUCAACUCUGCCGAGAAUGCGUGGAAGCAGCGGUGAAAGAGCUAACCAGCAAGUGUUCAAGAGAAAAAGUCGCCGUGACAUGGUACGAUGAGUGCAUUUUGCGCUACUCCAACCGGUCUUUCUUAACCACCGUCGACGAAAGACCAAGGCUCGGUUUGUUAAACACCCAGAAUGUGACAGAUCAGGACAAGUUUAAUCAGUUAGUGAACACGUCGAUGAUUGCGUUGCUGACUGACUUGGCAAGGGAAAUCUCGGACGUUUCAACCGGUGCUAAGAAGUUUGGGACCAGGCAAGUGAAUAUAUCUGCGUUUCAAACACUGUACAACCUUUUACAGUGCACACCGGACCUGUCCGGCGCCGAUUGCUAUAGUUGUCUUCUGGACGCUAUAAAUCUUGUUCCUUGGUGUUGUGGUGGAAAGCAAGGGGGCAGAAUUGUUUUUCCCAGUUGCAAUAUUAGGUACGAAUUGUACCCAUUCUACCGGAUGGCAGCAACGGCGCCCCAACCUCCACCUCCAGAUUCCGUCAGUGGACCUAAAGGAAAAGGCAAAAUCUCACCGGCAGUUAUUAUCGCCAUUGUUGUUACAAUUGCUGCCUCUGUGGUGCUAGUCAUUCUGGCCUACUGUUUCCUCCAGAGGAGAGCGAGAAAGAAGUCUGAUGCUAUAAACGAAGAGAGUCCCAAGCAAUCUGAUGGUUUCCUUAAUUAUCAUGCUGCAAGUGAAAUAUCAGCUGAUUUAGCUGUAGAAUCCUUGCAAUUUGAUUUUGUGACAAUUGAAGCCGCCACAAACAAAUUCUCAGAUGACAACAAGAUUGGUGAAGGUGGAUUUGGAAAAGUUUACAAGGCAUGGAGAUUGUGGUGUGAAGAUAAAGUGUUAGAGUUCGUGGAUAGCUUCUUGAUGGAAUCAUGUUCGACAUCAGAAAUUGUUAAGUGCAUAGAUAUCGGACUUUUGUGUGUGCAGGAAGAUCCACAAGAUAGACCCACCAUGUUGACUGUGGUAGCACUUCUGGGAAGUGAUUCAAUAGCCCUUCCUAAACCAAAACACCCAGCAUUUUCUGUGGCUAAAUUCAUUCAGAUGGAUGAAUUCUCUAUAAAUGAGCUUAGUUUUUCUAGUAUUGUACCACAAUGAACAUGUACAACUAUAUAAGAUCGAUUGGAAUUAGGUCUUGCAUAAUGGUGAACUUAAUAUUGUAGA